AGAGAAAGCGCGUCCCUUCGCUUAAACUGAGUUUGCUGGCGCCAAAGACUUUGCAUUAGGAUGGGUUCGGUGAUGCUCUCUGUGGUAUUUUUGCUCUCUGGGUUAACUUUUGCCCAUGGAAAUCAAGGAUGCGGUAAGCGACCGAUUUCUACACGUGUGGUUGGUGGAAUAGACGCUGAGCCGAAUUCCUGGCCUUGGCAGAUAUCUUUGAGGGUCAAAGUGCGAGGAAAGCUGUAUCACAUUUGCGGAGGAUCUCUUAUUUCUCCAACGCAUGUUGUCACCGCAGCGCACUGUGUCGUGAAAAAUGCCGCUCCGAGUCGUUGCAAAGUUGUAGUAGGUGAACAUGAUCAGACUGUAGAAGAAGAUGUAGAAAAAGUUAUAGACGUGACUUCCGUCUGUUAUCACGAGGAAUUCUCUAUGGAACAUAUACAAAACGACAUCGCCCUGCUCACUCUCGCCAAACCUGUAGAGCUGAGUGACAGGAUCAACACAGUUUGUUUACCACAGGAAGGUCAACAGGUUCCCACCGGAACCAAGUGUUACAUAACAGGUUGGGGUAGAACCAUCGGUGGUGGAAAACCAGCAAAAAUCCUUCAACAAGCUAUCAUGCCAGUGGUGGAUCAUCAGACAUGCGCAGUGGCCAACAAAGAUAUUGCGCCAGUGGAUAAACACAGCAUGGUAUGCGCUGGAUAUGCGAUAGCGGGAAAUGUGGUCAGUGGCUGCCAGGGAGACAGUGGAGGUCCAUUUGUUUGUGAAGAAAAUGGGCAAUUUGUUCUUCAUGGGGCUGUGAGCUGGGGACGUCCUGGGUGUAAAGCGGAGACCACUUACAGCGUGUUCACCCGCGUUAGCUCCUAUGUAGAUUGGAUCAAUCAUAAAAUCGCCAUGGGAGGUUACGGACAAGGAUGUGCUCCAACACCACCUCCACCCACAAAACGACCUUGUUUCGACCGAUGGGGUACGGAACAUUGUCAACGUUAUAAACGACAAUGUAGGGUACACGCUGUGAGAAUCAGCUGCCGUAAAACGUGCAACUAUAGAUGUUAA